AUGGCUGCAAACGAACUGCGACUCUCUGGCCUUGUUGCUGCCGCACUUGCUGCUCUUAUGCUCUCAACCUGUGCGCCCAGGGUUGCUGUUGCCAUUCGCCUGCCAUCUACUACCAGCCCACCGUGCGCAGUGGGUUUUUUGAAGGACGCACAAGGCAACUGUGUUGACUCGUGCACGGUGCGCAACUGCGGCACCAACGCGAGGUGCCUGAAGAGCCAGGCGGGCUGGGCGGACUGCGUGUGUGACAGGGGCUUCAAGCUGCUGCCCGAUGCGUCCUGCGCUCAGCUGUGUACGGCUGAGGAUUGUGGGGAGAACGGGUACUGUGAGGAGGACCAAGGAGGACUCUCCUCCUGCCAUUGCAACACCGGCUUCGAAAAGACUGCGGACGGCUGUGUUGAUACGUGUGUGCUCCAGGCGUGUGGUGAAAACGGCCAGUGCGUGAAGGAUGAGCAGGGGGUGGCGUCCUACACAUGUGUGCUCCUCGAGUGUGGGGAGAACGGCCAGUGCGUGCAGGACGAGAAUGGGGUGGCGUCCUGUGUUUGUGAUCCUGGCUUCACGCUGCGGGAUGAUGGAAAGUCGUGCCAUGACAAUUCGCCCAACGGGCCACCUGAUUUUGUUGACCUGCCACCUGCUGCUCUCAACCGCCCCUGCCCAGCGGGAGAAGAGAGGGACGCAGACGGCAACUGCGUUGACUCAUGCUCGAUAAUGGACUGCGGGGAGAACACGUACUGUGAGAAGAAAGAGUCCCUCGCCGUCUGUCACUGCAACUGGGGCUACGCCAUGACCGACAACGGCUGUGUUGACACAUGCAUUCUGAAAGCGUGUAGCGCGCACGGUCACUGUGUCAAGGACGCGUUGGGGGCGUCGUCUUGUGUUUUGAGGCGCCUCAGGACGCGUUGGGGGCGGCGUCUUGUCGUGCAGCAAUGGAGGGGCUACACGCUGCAGGAUGAUACCAGGACGUGCAAAGAUAAUUGCCUUAUUAAGGGGCUACACACCGCUCUAUGGCGAAUGCGUUGGACCUGCAACCUGCGGAAACUGUCCGAAACUCGCCUCAUGCACUCUUGUCUCACUUACCAAAAAGGCUCCCUACUGCGUCUGUCCUACUGGCUAUGGCAUGACCAACCUUGGUUGCAUCCGCGACCCACAUCGAGUGACAUAUUCUCCUUCAUGUGUAUGCGCUAA